AUGACCUCCCCUCCCCCCUCCUCCUGGCAACAAAUCUCCCACCGCAAACAAAAAGCCAGACAAUCCCUCAUUCCCACCCCCUGGCUCCUCUCCUCUCCCCCAGCCCCUUCCGUCUUCAACGUCCUCUCCAUCCCCCGCACCAGCGGCAUCCUCACCCCCUCCGAAUUAAGCAAUACCGAGUCCUACGACGCUACAUCUCUUUCCACCGCGCUCCGUUCCCACGAACUCACCGCUCUCGAAGUAACCAUCGCGUUUUGUAAACGUGCGGCUAUUGCUCAGCAAGUAUGUAACUGUCUGACCGAGAUAUUUUUCUCCGAUGCUAUCGCUCGUGCAAAAUGGCUUGAUGCCGAGUUUGCGAGAACGGGGAAGGUAAUUGGUCCUUUACAUGGUGUACCCGUGAGUUUGAAAGAUACGUUCAAAGUAAAAGGAUAUGAUGCUUGUAUUGGAAUUGCUUCUUUGGCUGAAAACCCCGCUGGAGAAAACUCUUUACUCGUGGAUAUAUUGUUAGAAGCUGGUGCGGUACUAUAUUGUAAGACGAAUGUACCGCAAACUUUGAUGGCGUUGGAUUCAGAUAAUCAUGUAUUUGGACGAGUGUUAAAUCCGAGAGAUAGGAGACUUACUGCUGGAGGCAGUUCAGGAGGUGAAGGGGCGCUAAUUGCAAUGAGAGGGAGUGUAUUGGGGGUAGGUACAGAUGUGGGUGGCAGUAUUAGGAUACCUGCUAUGUGCAAUGGAUUAUAUGGGAUCAAGCCGAGUGCUCAAAGAAUACCUUAUCUGGGACAAGAAGGUGGCCAACAACCUGGAGCAUCGAAAAUUGGACUACCUGCUAGUGCGGGACCAAUUGCGAGGAGUUUGCGAGACUGUGAAUUGUUUCUACAAAUAGUAUCAGAUUCGAAACCAUGGGAACGAGAUCCAGAUGUAGUGUAUGGAAUGUGGAAGGAGCAGGGUACUGUUCAAAAGAAAGAGAAAUUAGUAUUUGGUGUCAUUAGAACAGAUGGAGUAACAACACCACUUCCUCCCAUCACCAAAAUCCUCAACGAAACAGUACACAAACUCCAAGCUGCCGGUCACUCAAUAGUUGAGAUCGAUGCGCCUGCAUUUAAGAAAUGUCAAUCGCUCGCCAAUCAAUUUUUCGGCAUCGAUGGUGCAAACUAUAUGUUUGAUCUUCUUGAGCAAACAUCCGAACCGCUUAUUCCCUGGUUAUCCACGCGUUUGAGACGGAAAUCCCCAAUUACUCUCCCGAAACUUGUGGAUAUCCAUGCCAAGAAAUCAGAAUUAGAAAGGGAAAUGUUGAAGAUCUGGAAUGAUAUCAAGAUGGGUACAGUCGAUGCUAUUAUUUGUCCCGUGGCUCCGCAUCCUACACCACAGAUUGAUAGCUGGAAUGCUACAGGUUAUACGAGUAGCUUUGUGUUAUUGGAUUAUCCAUGUGGAACAUUACCCGUGCGAGAUUUACACGAAGCGGAUUUGGAAGGAGAGUUAGUAGAGAAAGUGGGAGGAAGUUGGGAUAAAGCCAAUAGAGAGUUAUGGGAUAAGAAAACAAUCGAUAGGAGAGUAUAUCUCGAAUCGACACUUUGUGUUCAAGUCGUAGCACCAAAAAUGCAGGAAAGGAGAUUGGUAGAGGCAAUGGAUAUUAUUGAUGGUGUUAUACAUGCAGAGCAACUCGGAGUGAAAGCGAAGUUGUAA